AAAUAUAACAAAUACAAAUUAUUGUAUCAACAGAUAUAUAAUAUAUAUAAAUUAAUAAACAUAACAGAUGAAAUACUCGUGUCAACAAUUUUAUACAAAUUAAAAUCACUAAAUUGAAUUGCUUAUAAGUUUUUCAAAGUUUGUCAACAAAGUCUUCAGCUGUUGCUGCUGUAAAUUGUUUAAUGAGAUAAAAGUACUCACAUUGAUGACUGUUGUUGAUUGCUCAUUUAAUUGUUAAUUAAACAAAAACUCAUUUAACCGUUAGUCGUCAAAGAUCCAUUUAAAUUGUCAUUGAAUUUUUCGCCCCCAAUCUUGGUCCAUUAAUAUUUUCAUUAUCCUCUUCCUAUGCUAUAACUUCUAUACCAGAAGAUGUCUUCAGAUAAUAGUGAUAUAUUGCUUACUGUAGAGCAGAUUGUAUUGGAUUUGAUAACGAGCUUGAUGUCCUGUAAGAAAGUAACGUUAGAAAUACCAAAUAACUGUCGUGAUUGGUAUACGACAGACAAUUACGAUAUAGUUGGCAAAUGUCGUAAGGUCGUAUACAGUGUCAAACGUAGUCGUCAUCGCUUUUGCCUGAUUGUCUAUCUCCUUGCGGAGAUUCAUCAAUUGCAUUUGACCGGAGGUAGUUGCACGAUACGGGGUCUGUAUUAUCGGAACACUCAGGUGGUUCGGUCCCAGUCCUACAUUGAUGCCGCUAAAAUGGAUGUUUGCCGUAUGCUAAACACGGCACCUGUUAAUCUGGGCAUUUUGUCAGCGUCGAAGGGACUAAUUACAGGAGACAUAAAGCUGCUCAUGAACAACGGCGAUGUAUUGGAUUGCAAUGUAUAUUGCGGAGCUAUAACAUUGCCAACGGAUUUCGAAAAUGUGGAACGAAUCGUGACAAAUGCCGAAAUGGUUUUGAUCGUUGAAAAAGAGUCAGUUUUUGAGAGCUUGCUGGCUUGUAAUGCCUUGAGCACGUUUGGCUUACGUUUCAUAUUGUUAACGGGCAAGGGGUAUCCGGAUUGCACUACACGCCGUAUUGUAUACCGACUGACCGUCGAAUGCAAUUUACCGGCAUAUAUUCUAGUGGAUGCUGAUCCGUUUGGCAUUGAAAUAAUGCUCGUUUACCAGCUCGGCUCGCAGGCCAUGAAUUUCUCGGCCAAGAGUUUGGCCACACCAACGCUCCGUUGGAUUGGCCUGCAUCCAUCCGAAAUCGAUAGCAUUUCCAAUCGCUCGGUUCCUCUCACUCAGCACGACAAUAAGAAGAUUGUUGAUAUUCUGUCGCGCAGUAAUCUUAGUUUAGGUGUCAGGCAGGAGCUGUGCAGGUUGCAGCAAGUCCAGCUGAAAGCUGAAAUCGAGAGUGUUAUUGAUUUUCUAAGUCCCUACUAUAUACCCACUAAAAUCAAUAGAAAUUUGUUUAUAUGAUAUUGAUACGAAUACAUUAACAACUAUUAAUGUAUAAUGUAAAUAACCUAUAGAUAGGUCUUGACAUACGUCAAACAGUGAUUUUUUGAACUAUCACAUAAAAUUGCUUUGUUUGCAUACAGAAUUAUAAUAGAUAUUUUUUAGUCAAAUUUUGUUAAUACUAUCUUGUACAAUUUUGAGCCUUGUUAUAUCCAUAUUGUUUUUUACUUAAGCAAGUUCCAUAAACCCAAAACUAUAUAU